AUGACCGUCUAUAGAGACAGAAAAGAAGAAGUUGUCCUGGUGUGCAAUGUGAAGGCAUUCGCUUACGCAAUGUUGGAAUAUGCCGCACCAUAUCGAGGCACGGGAAGCAACAGGGCCUUAGAGGCAGCCUUCAGCAUGGCAUCGACGUGCAUAGAUAACGGCUGUCCCGAUCUAAGCCAGAGGAUAAUUGAGACUGCAGCUGUGCGGUUAGAUAAGCUUGAGAAAUCCGAAAGUGACGUUGAGGGCUCAAAGCUUCAACAGUAUACCAUAGAGUACUACAUGCUUCGUGUCUACUUGGCAUGGCUACAAGGGAGACUCGAUAUUGCAGAACACUUGUUUUCAAAGAUACCAGUAUCGGAUAAUGGCAGGGGUCAUAAACGUGUCAUGGACAUAUGCUAUAAGAUCGGUAGCUGUGCGCUUUCACGCAAGCAGUAUGAUGAUUCCGUGAAGUGGACAGUUCGUGCCAGUCUUCGUCUUGAUAAAAAAGAGCCCAAUGGCUUUCUUGCUAAAGCCCUGGAUGCACUGAAAACUCAUUACGGUGGAAUGUUCCCAGUUCAGGUCAUUCAACUCGAGUUACUGGGCAAGGAAGAACUAGAUGAAGACGUCUUUUUGCAAGUGCUACGAAGAACCAUUGAAUCGCCUGAACUCGAAGAUUCAUACCUCACAAUCAUCAUGUAUUAUGUACAGAAGCUGCCUGUUACAUCCCCAGAGGUCUCCAUUAUGAUGCUCAAGCAACUGCUCGAACAGGUCAUUCUUCUCCCAAAUAACGGAGCUUCACUCGAGAAAGUGUUUAUAACAUUCGUACAUGGAUUGAUGCACUCGAAGAAAUGUGCAAAUACUAGCCUCGGAAUCUUCCAGGAGACAAUUGCCAGCUUAAGGAGGCAUUAUAAACAGCCGUUGAGUGAAGCGGCAACAGAAGCAACACUCAUCCUCAUCUGGAAACAUGUCAAUAAUGCGAUCUCGAAUGACGAAAAAUCAGUAGCAGGCAAAUGGUGUCUUUGUUUGUUAGAAGAGCCAAUGUUUCAGAUUUCUCCUGCAAACAAGGCUAAGCUUUUUAGACAGUUCCUCAUGUGUACUUUACAUGACCCGAAUGCCUCACAAGCUAUUGAUAUAUUCAAUCAAAUGCCCGAAGAAUGCAGAUCAUGUCCGUCAACCUUGUACCUAAUGUACAUACAAAGUCUGCAGAGCAGCGAGCCUAUCGCAUCAAACAUAUAUCUGGAGUCGCUCCUUAGGGACGCAGAAACCAUUCCUUACCUCUUGUCUUGUGUAGUAGAAGCCUUCAAGCUUGGGAAGACUCAGCAGGGGCUGGAGAAUCUUGAGCAACUUCUCAAGUCCGCGAAGUGCUCUGGGGCAAAGGGAUGUCAUGUCGGAAAAUUGUUACAGUAUGGCUAA